AUGGUACAUAUUGGGAUCCCCCAAAAUUACACAGCUUCACCCUCAAGCUUGAGUCAUACUCCGUCGUUGACCAUUAAUCGUGAAGUCGCGCUUGAUCUUGAUUCAAGCAAUGCCUUCGAAGGUCCUGAGAAAUUGCUAGAGGUGUGGUUCAGUCCUGCCGCUCAUGACUUACAAGGCUGUUCACAGCCAUGUGGGUUGAAGGCUGUUCCUGCUGGAAUCUGGAAAUCCAUGCUUGAUCUCGUCAACUGCAAAGUUCUAUCAAUCAUCGAGUCCGAUGAUGUUGAUGCAUAUUUACUCUCCGAAUCGAGCAUGUUUGUCUUCCCUCACAAGCUUAUUUUGAAAACUUGCGGUACGACCACCUUGCUCUGUGGUUUGCCGCGGAUUCUGGAGAUUGCAACCCUUUUUGGUGGCUUUGAACGCUCAACUGCCCCACCAUCUCGUGGAAUCGCUGUCGCUGCUGCUCCAUAUCGCGUCUUCUACAGUCGCAAAAAUUUCCUCUUCCCUGACCGCCAACAUGGUCCCCAUAGAAGCUGGCGUGAUGAGGUCCAUACUCUAGAUAAGCUUUUUGUGGGAGGAAGUGCAUAUAUGAUCGGCAAGAUGAAUGGCGAGCACUGGUAUCUUUAUCUAACCGAACCACAUACCAUAUUAACACCGCCUGCUAGUCCUCAAAGCAUGGACAGCCCAAUCACCGAGACAAAAGAAUUGAAGCUCCCUUCGUCUUUGGUUCUCGAUCGUGGACCUAAGGUCUGCGAAGGGGAAGAUGAGACACUUGAAGUACUCAUGACUGAUCUGGACGAGGACAAUGCCCAGCAAUUCUACCUUGACCAUGCGAGUGCGGUCGCAGAGGAUCAGUGGAGAGGCUCUCAAAGAAGUGAAGAUGAUCAUGUGGAUAUUUUCAGCAGUACUUCAUCUGAAGCAGGUGACUUUUCCGUCAAGGACGAAGCGUUCCCAGAAGAACUCACGACUGAGGGCCAUGCUCUUGGUACUGUGGUUUCCGAAGCCUGUGGACUCUCAGGUGUCUAUCCCCGAGAACACUACCCGGAUUCGCGUGUCGAUGCAUAUCUGUUCACUCCAUGCGGCUUCUCCGCCAACGGCGUCAUCCCUGCCCCGGAUGGCGAGCAAGGCACUCACUAUUUUACUGUCCAUGUUACACCUGAACCCAUUUGCUCUUAUGCGUCCUUCGAAACCAAUGUCCCUGUUGGUCAGAAGGGCCGAGAGACCGUCGAGAUCGUCCAGCACGUCGUGGACAUCUUCAAACCCGGGCGAUUCUCGGUGACUCUCUUUGAAGCCAAAAGCUCAUUUGAAGAGCAAAAUGCAGCUGGUCACGAUGCAUUGGCAGAGAUGAAAAUGUUGGAGCGGCAGAUUGCACGUCGGACUGCCAAGAUGGAUCACAUCAAGGGCUAUCGUCGCGUUGAUCGCAUAGUCCAUGACCUCGAUGGAUAUGACUUGGUGUUCCGCUACUAUGAACGCCAUGACUGGAAGGGUGGUGCUCCCCGUAUUGGCGAGAGGGCUUUCUGA